UCCCAUUACAAGUCCACAAAUUAAAACAAUCAACAUUUCCCAAAAAAUUCAACAAAUCCAUUGUACUUGUACUUGAAUUGGUCGUCUUAUGCUUUUCCCACUGGGCCGGUUUCUUAGACCCGAGAUAUGACCCGGGUUUCCGAGAUGUGACCCGGGUUUGAUAAAAAUACCCGAUUAGACAAAAUCAAUCUAUUCGGGCCUAAAAACAAAACCCCUAAAUUCACCCCUUCAUCUUUUUUUCUCUUUGCAUUCCAAUUUAGGUUUUUUUUUCAGCUAAUUUAGUGUCAAAUUGAUCGAUUAUAACUUCAAUUUGUGUACCCAGAAGUUUAAUUCUAGGGUUUAUGAAUUGAAUUAUGGCUCGAAGCGUUUCGCGGUCGCCGUCGUCGUCGCAUAGGCGGCGUUAUUCUCCGUCACCUGUUAGCCACCGUCAUAGCCGCCGUAGCAGGAGGGAUCGCAGCCGUUCGCCUGUUAAUCGGCGAAGAAGCCGGUCAAGCUCCCCACGUCGUCGCAGAAGCCGUUCUCCUGUAAGGCGUCGCAAGAGCCGUUCUCCAACGGCACGACAUUAUAGGAGGAGAAGAAGUAGGAGUUCAUCUGCGUCUCCUCCACGCAAGUCCCGUAGUCCAAGUGUGGCAUCAGCUGAUCGCAAGGAGGCCAUAAAGAAACAAAAGAAAGAAGAAGAAGAAAAGAAAAGGAUCCAGCAGGAAAUACAACUCAAAUUAUUAGAAGAAGAGACUGCUAAGAGAAUUGAAGAAGCUAUACGCAAGAAUGUUGAGGAGACGUUGAAUUCUGAAGAAGUGAAAUUAGAUAUCGAAAGGCGUGUAGAGGAAGGCCAGAAAAAGAUGUUUGAUGAUGUGGCUGCUCAGCUUAAGAAAGAGAAGGAAACAGCUCUCAUGGAGGCAAGGCAGAAAGAAGAACAAGCACGGAGAGAGCGAGAGGAGCUAGAUAAGAUGCUUGAAGAGAACCGGAGGAGAGUGGAAGAGGCUCAGAGAAAAGAAGCUCUAGAGCUGCAGCGGAAAUUGGAGGAACGCCAGCGGGAACUGGAGUUGAUUCAGCGACAAAAGGAAGAAGCUGCUAGAAGAAAGAAACUAGAAGAGGAAGAGGAGCGAGCCAAUCAGAUACUGUUGGCUAAAAAUAGAUCCCGGUCUAAAGCAUCAUCUGCUGUUGGCUUAUAAUAGUCUCUGUCAGUCUGUCCUCUUAAUUGUUAUUAUAUGUUUAGUAAUAUAUGUAGUGCUAGCUUCUAAGGCCAAGAAGAGAUUUUGGUUGUACUAUUAACCAUAUUGUUGAAAGCUUGAUAAUGCCAAUUCGGGUCUUUCCUGCUGUUUGUUUA